UUGAUAUUAAUAAAUGUGGACGGAUAUAGAAAUACAGACUCAUAAUUAGCACUGAACACAUUAACGGUCACACUAGGAGAACUCUGUAUAAGUCGGUAUCCUCCAGAAUCUGGGAUUUUACUGCUUGUUAAAAUUUACAUAUUAUAAGACAUUCGAGGUCACUGUUUAAAAAGUAAGAUGGGAAAUUCCACGUGCUUGUUCUUAGUUUUAGCCGGGAUGUUCUGCUUUGCACAAGUCCAAACUUUCCGAAUAACGAAAACGUUUUUUAACGGCAAUCUGAAAUUUACUUGGACGAAUGUUUCCACCCAUCGUAAUGAUAUAAAAAUCACAAUGGAUGGACGUGAGAGUGACUGGAUACAAAGCACUGAUGACAAGUACACAGUGGAGGAUGUAUGGAAGUAUACAUCAGUAAACAUCAGAGUACGGGAAUUCCAAUCGACAGACCAUCCAUCACGUAAAGAUUACAAUUCAACAUACACUGUCUCACGAAUUGAUUCUGAAGAAGGAGAAGCAAAGAAUCUAACGUGGACAGCUGAUUUCUUUCCAAAGAGCGGACAAUACAAUAUAUAUCAUUUUCAUGGUGGCAUGGGCAAAACAGUAAUGCAAUUGGAAUACGAUGGUGCUGUUUCAGCUGAUUCUGCAAAGUAUGUUUACCACACCAGACCCUACAACUCCACCAACAUAAAAUUUGAGGUGAAAAACAUAGCGCUUAUGGAUGCCGGGUUUUAUGGAGGUGGCCAUCCACAGAAUGCUGCAAGAAAUGGACAGGGUGCACUUCUUGUGGUGAAAGGAAAACCAACCCAACCUGAUAUCACAGGAGUACUUAACAUAACUGAAAACAGUGAUAUCAUGUUGACCUGCUCCAGUAAUUCCACCUCUCGUCCGUCGUAUUACAGGAAAACUGUAUCCUUAAACUAUAUCUGGUACAGGAACAACACCGUCAUCGAUUCAGAGACCAGAAUGACGCUCAGAAUUCCCAGGAUUUCUAGAGACGUCAGAUUUAACAAAUAUUCAUGUCAGGCGAAGGAAAGUAUUGAAUCUGAAAAAAGUGAAGAAAUUCAGAUCAAUGUUUGGUACGGUCCCAACAGUGUUACCAUUAGCCCUCUGCCUCCGGUAGAUAAGACAGUAUCUGUGAAAGACGGGGAUUACAUAGGACCGUAUCACUGUUCUGCUGACUGUAACCCGCCCUGUUCCAUUCAAUGGAAGGACAAACUCUCCAAUGGAACGUCCAUAGAAGCAGAAUCGAACGGAUCAACAUUGUUACGACAACAGGUGUCCAAAGACCAGGUUUUGUUCCGAUGUGUGGCAAAGUCAACUCUCGACAGACAACUGCAUUCGGCGAUGGAUUUCUCCAUAAUGUUAUCGUUUGAUCCUAACCUGUCGAAAAAUAUUCAAACAACAACGAUCGUAAUUGUCAUCUUGUCUACAUUUAUGGUUGUUGCAAUAGCAACGAUUAUUGGAGUGGCUUUCCGACAAAGACGGAAGAGACGAUUGGAGUACAAGCGAGCGCAAACCGAGAAUGAACGCAACACGACCAUGAACGCCACCCAACAGCAACUGCAAGCGGACGGAGGAUCUGAAUUCCCGUUAAAUGACUAUGAAAAGAUCAACACAACAAUCGACGAACAUUCUUAUGAUUGUGUCGAUCCCAAAUGAAGAGGUUCAAUUGAAAGAUAUCCCAGCCAAUUCAUACACAGAUGCUAAUCCUUAAUGUCUCUCACAUGUAACAUUUCAAUAUCUCUUGUAAAACGCAAAAUAACUGCUUCAUCUGACUUUAUCAAUAUCUUAUUUCGAUUGAUUGAUUGAUUGUAUCUUGCUUAACGUCUCGCUCGAGAAUUUUUCACUCAUGUGGAGAUGUCAACCAAGACCGGUGAGGGGCUUCAGAUUUAGGCCUAUGCUUGGCGUUUACGACCAUUGAGCAGGGAGGGUUUUUUAGCUUGCCACACCUACUGUGACACGGAACAUCCGUUUUUAAGGUCAUCUCCGAUCAGGACCCGUGACAUUCACACAUGACGCCGAGCGUUUGGCGAUGGAACUGUCACUACCUGUUAUAACGACUUAGGUUUGUCGCGGCCGGGAUUCGAAUCUUAUUUCGAAGAAAUUAAGUCACUUGAAAUUCGCGCAACAUGAUGUCAUAUGAAAGACGUAAUGAUACGUUUGUCCCCCCCCCCCAUCCGUUUCCUUUCUUGCUUUGGCAAUAUUGCGUCACUUCAUAUGAAAUUCAAAUUUCCGUGAUAACUACAUUACAUCCUACUUCCUGAAUUAAAUCAGAAGCAAUGAGAGUGACGUCUGCUCAUUUUACACAUUAUGAAUGAAGUUGGAGUAAAUUACGUUCUUUUGCGUUUAUUCCAGACAACACGUAAGCAGAAUAAAGCUUCAAAUUGUAGUUAAAAGUAUCACGAAAGUCCUUAUUAUCGAGUACCGUGGGAAUACUUCAAGUAAUGCUAUUCAAAUCUUUACCGAAUUCCAUUUCACUAUAUAUACUUUCCGGAAAGUGUUUGAAUAGAAAAUAACUAGGAUAUCACAUUACUGAAGGAGUAUCGAUUUAAAAUCGCCAAGAAGACGACGAGAUUGAUCAGUAAUACCGUAUUGUGGUUAUAAAGAGAGGUCAGCAAGGGUCAUGACUUUGUGGGUGAUGCAAUAGAAUUGUUGCUGGUCUUCUUGAAUAACAAAAAGCUACACGUGUUUAGUGUUAGAGGGUUUUUAUCAUUUUUGAUGUUAAAGAAUGAUUCUGUAGAUGCAUUGUGAAGAUAACGAACAGUGAUCAAUCUCAUAACUCCUGUAAGCAAUACAAAAUAGAUAGUUGGGCAAACACGGACCUUUGGACACACCAGAAGUGGGAUCAAGUGCAUAAGAGGAGUAAGUAUCCCCUGUUUUAUAAAUUUCUAUGAUUGAUUGCUUCUACUCAACAUGAGUACUUAUCGUCCUAUGAUGUCACAUAUUCUACGGUGCCGAGGUCCUUCAGUUCUAUAUACGUUUGCCCAACUAUCUAUUUUGUAUUGAUUUUAGGAGUUAUGCGAUUGAUCACUGUUAGUUAUCUUCACCUUUCACAUCACGCAUGAACCUUGACAUCUGUCAGUGAGUUAUUUUUAGAUAUUAGAUAAAAGGUGAAGAUAACGAGCAGUGAUCAAUCUCUGAACUCCCAUAGGUAUUUGUAUUUCUUAAGACAACUUUAAAACAUUCUAAUGUCUUUGACACGAAAUAUUAAAGAUGAGUAAUGAUCAAAUGCUUGUAUAGUUCUUCUAGACCCAGAAAUUCGAUCUCCAAAGAAAUCCCAUCGAAGAAAAGCUUUAAUAUUAUGUGUGUUGUACAAUAUUAAUAUUAAUUGUGUUUUGGUGUAUUUCAUGGGACAAAAUUAUAACAGGUAUAAUGUAUGAACAGUGCUAGGGGUUUGUUUGUUUAUUGAUGCAUUGUUUAAUUGUAAUUUAUAAUGACUAUGCAAAAAACAAUGCUGUAAAUAAUAUCCCUGUUUACAAACAAGUUCAAACCGCAUAAACGAAUUACAUUUUUCUAACUGAUUGAAAGAUGUUUUUAUUUGGCUCGUUACAAUAUUAUCUUAAGAUAAGAUGAUAGGUUUAGCAGAGAUUUUUUUUUUGAAUUUAUUGUUUUGAAUUAGAAAUAAGAACUACAGCAUGUAACCCCUUAACAAAGCGAUAUGAUUUUCAACAAGUAUCAAAUUGAUUUCUUUAAUUCAAAUAUCAAAAAUUUGAAUGAUAUGGGGAGAGAGGUAUAUCAUCCCCGUAAAAAGUAAAAUGUAAUAUAUCUUCACUAAGGAGAAGAAACCAUUGUUUAUGAAAAGGUAAAGCUAUAUUAAGUCAAAUCUUGCGAUAGAGAACCCUCUAACAUAAUAUUGGGAGGUUAUUAAAGACAUGAAUUAUAUGUACAAUAAAUGAGUGUUCUUAUUAUACACUUUUAUAUUAGAAUUUUAAUUUUUAAAUAUGCAUUAACAAUUAAUUAAAUAAUGUGUGACUACGAA